AUGGGUUACCUAUUGACGACUUCCUGCUACAUUAUAAGUUUCGCUCCAGCGUUUGCCUUGUUCCACAGGUUUAUUGUCCACGACCCCGUCAGAAUCAUCCUUUUUGUACUCGGGUGCGUUUCAUUUCACCUUUUUUUCAGAAAUAUCGGAAAACAAGUCUUUAUUCUUUGGAAAGAUCAUGAAGACUUUAAACUGUUUAUUGCAUCUUCAAUGUAAGAAUACAUGUGCAAUCGACUUUCAUUGAUUUAACUGUGUUUAAACGGCGGCAGGAGCUGUGGCUUAAGCAGAGAAGUUUUGUAUUUCGCUCGUAGGACAUCAGGUACAAGAGAGGUCGUAGAAAGAAGUACGGUGCCGGCUUUCCAAAGGCCGAUGGCAGAGAUUGAGCCUUUUCGCUGCAUGCAGCUCCCAAUUUUAUCUAUCCCGGAGGGAUGAAAGGCUUGGUAGACCUCGGGGGGACUCGAACCUACGACCUUGCGGACGUUAGAAAUGAGUUAUGCCAGCUGAGCUAUGCCGCCCCUGAAGACUUAUUUUUUUCCAAUUUUAUGUUUUAAAAAUCUUUGAAACUGUCUGCGAAACGGCCAACUGAGACAAUUCAGAGCAUUUUUCUGGCUGGUGGCUCUAUUGCUUUCUUCUUUGAUCUGGCUGGGAUUAGGGACGUUGUUCGACGGCUACGUUGUCUCCAUCGUCAUCGGCAUUUUCCUGCAGGAACUCGCUCGUGUCUCCUAUUUCCUGCUUCUCAAGGAAGCUCAAAGGUUGUUAGACGGGCGCAGGAACUUGAAAUUCCGAGAAGCUAAGUUUGAGCGUCGAGAUUCUCGAACUCGAUUUUUGAAAGGAAUAUUUCGCACAUUUCUUUUUCGGACUUUUUCCUUCUUCUGGGAAAAGCCCACGUAAAGAUUUUCGAUAGGCCAAAAUGUAUUCAAUUGUAGAUUCAACCUUAAAAAAAUAUUUUCAGCGGGUUGAACAAAAUAACCCGUCCUGGCGAGGUUUCCGUGGCUCCAGGAGUGACGGACUUGCACAAUGCGCGGCAUAUGCUGGCUCUGGUCAGUUGUGACAGAUUUAAGUUCUCAAGUAUUGAGCUUAGGUCUGUGGCUUGGGAAUGGGGGUCAUGUCUGGGUUGUUCCUGACUAUGAACGUCUUCGCCGCCUUUUCCGGACCUGGAACUAUAGGACUGCCGCAAGCCAUCGAGGUAGACUGAGGGCUGGCAACUGAGUUUCGCCAGUUCCUACGUCGGCUGGAUUCCAACCCAGCCUUUUGCACGGGAAAAAAAAUUUGAAAAUGUACUGAAUUAGGCCGCAGUUUAAGGCGGCACCCCGGGGUGGGAUCCAGCCGACGUAUGCUCCAGUUCUAGAACAACAUUUCGAAGAAGUUUCACUCUCCUUCACUACGAUCCUUUAGAAAUCUACAACGGACGUCAAUCGCGCGGGCAAAUACUUGCCAUUUUUCUACGCGUUAUCUGCUCUGCUGCUGACCCUGUUCCACAUCACCUGGACAAUUAUGGUGAGCUUCAACUCGAAGAAAGACGCCUAAUCCUCUGUAGGUCUGGGACUUUUGUCACAAGUUCGGGCGGACCAUGUCCGUCUACAUACCAGCGGUCAUCGCCGUUGUAACUCAUCUGGCUGUUUCGAUUGUGGUAUAUAUUUAUUCGCUGUUGAUUGAACUUCUCUUCUCGAAUCAGAGCUCAAUCAGCGCGAGCGGGCUCCAUUUCUACGUUCUUGUCGUGCAAUUCCUCGUUUUUCUUGGAUGUGCAGCUUAUUGUCACGUCAUCAUGGGCGGAACAUUGGUUUCUCUACUGAAUCGUUCGUUUCUAUAGUCUAUUCACCUUUGUAUCGGUUGAAUUUUUGAUUGUUUCUGGAUUGAAAAAUACAAAAAGACUAACAUAUUUUUUUCAAAAGGUCAAUCAAGAACCACUUUUUGCAUUUCCGCUUUCAUUUUUAGCGAUUAACGUUUUACUAAAAAAAUUUUUUUAUAAAAAUCGCUGAAUCGAGGAGUUUUAUGUCAAAUUAACAUUGGCUUUGAGACGUUAGGAUAAUACCAUAAAAUAGACUAUAAAUGGAAAAAAGAACUGAAUCCUUUUCAAGUUGAAAGAUUUAAGGGGGAAAGUCGUCAGCCGUCGAUCUCGUGACGCUUCGUUUCCUCAGGAAUACCUCGCAACGGUAUGAGGCCCAACAAGGAGAACCACUUCAGGUGCGGAAUGUGGAAACUUGA